UCUCAGCCCUAAUUUGGACGUGGCGUUGCGGUGGAUCGGCUGCUGCGAUUCCCGGCGUGGAUCGAUCGAUGCAGGUAGGCGCCGGCGCGAAUCGAUCGAUAGGCCGCGGGGAAGUCGAGGUAGAAGCUGCCGGGAUGCGGUAAUCGACCUCUCGCGGAGUGGGUUUUCAUGAAUGGGAGCCACAAAUCCAACUGGGUCGAUGCUGGUACUGGAGGAUUUCCCAUCGCACGCCGGGAAGCCCUUUAGCAAUGACGAGAUCAUCGGCAUGGGCAUGGCGCUGUUGCCGGGCCACUCCUCCAAGCAGCCGCAGCAGCAGCUCGACGAGGAUUUCAAGCAAGAACACCAAGAUGAUCAGUACGAGGAGCUCAAGAUCCAGGACUACGUCAGCGACACGCCACCCUUCACGUACAACCUGGAGGAGUUUCGAUCCCAGAAGUACUACCUCUUCAACGCCGGGGCUCACGAUCUCAUGAUCAACAGCUUGCUCGAGUCCACGAAUCCGUCGGCGCUGGAGAUCUCCGCGGCCGAUCCUACAUUCCAGCCACUUCCAUGGCAGAACAAGCGCGGCAUAACUUUCACCUGUGCGAUCGAGGACCGGUGGAGGGACUUCAAGGCCAAGCUCGGGGUGAAGAUCGACGCUUCCAGGAAGAGGUUCUUGUUCCACAAGAGGGAUGCAAGCCGCUACAUUCCUCACUCUGGACAGUGGCUGGAGAUCGUCAAGGGGUGUCACAUUGAUGCUGCCGAGAGACACUGGGGCCGGAACUUGACCAAGCACCAGAUCACCAAGCGAUGGAUGUAUGGCGAGAGAAACCACGGCAUUCCAGAGGCUUUCGUGGACGCUUUCAUCGAUAGCUGUGGGUGUUGCCGGCGAGAGCAAAUCCCCGUGGCGCCGCCGCCACCUCUGCCGAGCAGGAAGAGGAAGCUCGGCGGCAAGAAGCUCAACACUUCGACGCUGUUUGACGUCCAGUUCAUCAAGCAGAAGCUGGACGAGAUCGCCCAACAGGUGGCGGCAGCAGCGCAGCUGGAUCGAGGGGCGAGCUUGAAGCACCCGAAGCGUUUCGUCGAGGGUGGGGGUCCUUCGUCGGCGGAGUUUGAGAAGAUCGACGAGGACGAGCAGACAAAGCUCAAGGAGAAGAUCACCGCGAUUCGCAACCAGAUGGAUUCCAUGCUGGUACACUUGCCGUCCAUGUCAAGAGGGAACUUUCUCCAUUUCCUGGGAGCCAUGGACGAGGCUCUCACGGAGCUCCGGAAUCCAGCGCUAGACAGGCAAGCGCUUGCUGCCAAGCUGCCAACGAUUGAGCAGCAUCCCAUUGAAAUCGAGAAACCAAAGGAGUCCUCCAAGCCAACCAAGAGGGUAAAAUGGAAGGACAUAUCUUCGUAAGAACCACACAAAAAAAAAAGAAGAAAGAACAAGGCAAGGAGGAAGUUUUAUGACUGUACAUGACCGUGGCUAUAGUCUAGGUAGAUAAGAUUUUGCUUCUAUUUCUGAUCGAAUCGAUAUUUUUGCUAUAGUUC